GAGGGAGACUGCGUCAAGUGACGGACGCCGGAGGGGCAAUGGCGGCGCCCGUGCUGCGCUGGUGCUGUCCCGCAAGGCGUUGGAUUUUAGCCAACAUUGACCGCGGUCCUCGCCACGGAAGAGGGGCACCGACUGGGUCCAGGUCCAGCGGGAAAAGGGGACAGAGCUCAGUGGCUCAGCAGCCCCUCGUCACGGCCCAGAAGCCGAGGAAAGGUGAACACCAAUGGGCAGCCGUGGUGGGUUUGGAAAUUCAUGCCCAGAUUUCCUCCAACUCGAAACUCUUCUCUGGAUCCCAAGUCCACUUUGCAGCACCUCCAAAUUCUUUAGUAUCUUUUUUUGAUGCAUCUCUGCCUGGAACUUUGCCGGUUCUCAACAGGAGGUGUGUAGAGGCGGCAGUGAUGACAGGCCUGGCACUGAACUGCCACAUAAACAAGAAGUCCUUGUUUGACAGGAAGCACUACUUCUAUGCAGACCUCCCUGCAGGCUACCAAAUUACCCAGCAGAGGCUCCCGAUCGCUGUGAAGGGCAGCUUGGCGUACAGCGUCUGUGUGGGGAAGAAGCGGAGUCAGGUGAUCAACAAGACAGUGAGGAUCAAGCAGAUCCAGCUGGAGCAAGACAGUGGCAAGAGCCUUCACGAUGACCUGCGGUCCCAGACGCUCAUUGACUUGAACAGGGCGGGAGUUGGCCUUCUGGAAGUGGUCCUGGAGCCCGAUAUGUCCUGUGGAGAAGAGGCAGCAACAGCUGUCAGGGAGCUGCAGCUGAUACUUCAAGCCCUGGGGACCAGCCAGGCAAACAUGGCAGAGGGCCAGUUGAGGGUAGAUGCCAAUAUAUCUGUGCAUCGCCCUGGGGAGCCUUUGGGUGUUCGAACUGAAGUGAAGAAUCUCAACAGUGCCAGGUUCUUGGCCAAAGCAAUAGACUAUGAAAUUCAGAGGCAAAUCGAAGAACUUGAGAAUGGAGGAGAAAUUCUGAAUGAAACUCGCUCCUUUGAUUACAAGCUGGGAUGCACCGUGCCGAUGAGAGACAAAGAAGGAAAGCAAGACUACAGGUUUAUUCCCGAGCCCAACCUGCCUCCCCUGCUACUCUACGACUCAGCCUCUCUGCCUGCUGGCGCGGACCCACAGCAAGUGAUCAAUAUCGACCAGCUUCGAGAGCAGCUCCCUGAGCUCCCCAGUGUGACCCGGGAGAAGCUCGUCCAGCAGUAUGGGAUGCUGCCGGAACACAGCCUCACCUUACUGAAUGAAGUUGGCCUACUGGAGUUCUUCCAAAAUGUGAUGAAAGAAACUAGGGCAGAGCCCAAAAAAGUGACUAGUUGGGUCCUCAACACUUUCCUGGGUUUUUUAAAGCAACAGAACCUUGCUGUCAGUGAGAGUCCUGUCACACCUUCUGCACUGGCCGAGCUUCUCAACCUACUGGACCAGAAAGCAAUUUCUUCAGCAGCAGCGAAAAAGGUGUUUGAGGAGCUAUGGAGGAGCGGAGGGAAGACUCCAGCACAGAUAGUUUCAGAAAAGAGGCUUGAACUGAUGCAGGAUCAAGAGGCCCUGGAACAGCUCUGCCAGGCCACAAUGGAGGAACAUCCUCAAGUGGUAAUGGAUCUGAAGAAGGGAAACCCCAGAGCUAUAAAUAAACUGAUCGGCUUGGUCCGAAAAGCGACUCUCAGCCGAGCAGACCCGACUAUGAUAAAGGAGAUGCUGGAGAAGCAGCUGUCAUCAUGAGAUAUUUCCGUCCCUCUGCCUGAGGGAGAUAGUGGAGCCGUACACAGAACCGGAGCCUUGAAACCCAACGUCCGUGAGUGAGCUCGACGUGCUGGCAUCCCCCAAUCCCUGGGCCUCAGGUGCCACCUCCACAGGCCAGCAGCCUCACCUGUUUGCAUCAUUGACAUCAAAAUGACUCUGUCAUACCUGCGAAGGUGAUUAAGAACUAGCACAUUCUAGUGCUUAAUAAUUCUGAACUAAAUGAGACAUGCUGUUUCCGAUACUGUUACCUUUCUAAGAAAAAGUUCAUUCAUUACACAGUUCUUUCAACAAAUAUUUCUGAGCACAUCCUAAGGGCCAGCAGUGAUCGAAAUAGACCAGAAUCUGGGUGCAGUAUUUUAGACCUAAAACAAGAGUGAUGAAGAGGAAAGAGGAAGACAGCAAGAUAAAUCCAUUGACAGUGUGUUUAGAUUGGUCUUUGUGAGGGCAGGGAAGGAGAAUGUUAGUCACCCAUCCACUGAGUAGAAGUGGUGCCCGUUCAACGCCCUAGGAAGCCAUGCUCUGAGAAUAAAUGGAUUUUUUUUCUUUUUGGUAAAAUAGACAACAGAAGUUUUCAAAUAAAUUUAAUGAAUAAAAUAUGUACUGAAAUAUCACAUUAAAAAUUAACAUACACUUUAAAGAUUGUGCAGUUGACAAUUCCCCUGCCCCCUCAGGCCAAAAGAGAUAAAAAGAGAAAUAAUAAGUUGUAACAUUAAAUUGAUCUGUUUUGCCUGGAAAGAAUAAGAUUAUAAACUGACAAAUCAAAAUUUUGACCUUUAAUGGUAAUUGUGGUGCCGUUAACAGCAUCUCCGUGAAGCCGGGUGCCUUUGCCGCUGUUCUCAUGACAGUAAUACUAUUUCUGUCCAUCGCACUGGGAUGCCCCUUUAUCCAUUUUAUUGCCUUUUUACCUCUGACUCACAAUGCUUAAAGACCAGUUUUGUAAGUGGUGGUUUUUAAAAGCACAUGUCAAAUUGUGACAUAAAUAUGAGAGGGAACAUUUUGGAAGCCCUACUUUUACACUGAAUUCUUUAGCCUACGAAGAAAAGUAUAAACAUUUCCAGCAUGAAUGGUGCUCCAGUGGCGACUGGAGAAAAGUGGACCUUCCCCCAUCACCAGUUUAGCAGUGAGUGUCACAGACUCAGGACUUCCUAACUAGGUAAUGAGAGAAGCGUCCCUCUGGCUGAUUUAGAAUUAGAGUAUGUUACACCACCCAGGAAGCCAUGUGCCCCACAUUCUGUCCCAAUACUGACAACCACUGGGCCUAAAAGUAAAAUAUUACCACUGAACCUUUUUCAAGAGAGAAAGGCAAGUCCAUUCUCUCUUACCCCACAAGUCUUGGAAUUAAUUACAAACAGGCAAGGGCAGUGUGAUGUUGGAAUCUGGCAGGAUCAUUAUUUUGCAAAGGUCUGGCUUCUUAGUCAUCAGACUUUAUAGAAUGCACUAGAGGAGCUCUUCAAAGCAUUGGAAAUCAAGGGCUGGCUUAAACUGUUACGUCAAGUGUACGCUGUAUUACGGACUGGCCAUUCCCAGAGAACCAUGCCGUCAUCAACUCACUCGAGCUUCGCCAAGCUGACUGUGGUCCAACUCUGAUGGUUGCUGCGGUACUGAAAUCCUAAAAAUCAGACUGUUAUGUGGUUAUAACUGCUUAUGAAAAAAAGAAAAAUGCAACCACAGCUCAGAUAUCUUACUUGGAACCUGACUAGAUACUUGGGAGAUAUGUUCACAUAGUCCCCUAAGAAAUCCUCGAAGGCUGGCCCUGCUCCUAAUAGGCCUCAGAGGAUAUAAUGUUAAGGACAGUACUUCUUUGCAAAGGCAUGAUUUAGUCUGUUCGUUUGCUAUUUAGGGGCAAGUCUCAUUAAAAUGUGUAAGUUGGCGGAUUCCAAUGACAGAUGGCAGUGUCUUCACCUGUGGCACCAUAGGUGAAGCCAUUGCCAUCUGUCAUUGGAAUUCGCACACCUGUAAGCUGGGAGGGGAAUGUGCUGGAAAACAGGCUGUCCCCCAGGUCAGCCUGGCCAGGCGCAGGCUGUGUGCUGUGUUGCUUGGUUGGCUAUGGUGGGAGGGGAGGAACGUCAGCCUCAGGACUCACCGUGCUUCCUGGCACAGAAUAAGCACUUAGUAAAAGUUCACUAAUUUAUAAAAUGAAAUAAAUUUGUUGUGGGGCCCCUUUGUAUGAGAGGUUGGUGCCCACUUUGUUGGACCUCUUCGUUUAGGAAGGAGCUUCCUGUCUGCAGGCCUGUGCAUCAAGGUGAACCGUUCCUACCUGUCAAGGUGCAGGUAGCCCAGGAAAAAGCAUGUUGAUCAUUAUUUAUGCCAAGUUAAGGAUGUGUUACCUGAGCUUCACACACUGCCCAUCUUUUUUGUAAUUAUCGCUAAGCUUUACAAUAAGGAGGUUGUAAGAAGGCCAUGAAAUUUUUGAAAGUAACACAUCCUCCUGGGGCUUUGAGUUAGCUGGUUAAUUCAAUGUACAGCUUAUGGCCACCACCCACAGUUUGUUCUGUUUUUCACUUCUGUUGCAUUUAGCUGCAUCAUUCAAGGAUUCUGCAUGGUGACUAUUUUGGAAAAGAACACUAAAUCUCUCUGAAAGGCCAUGUUACUUACUCAUUACAGAAGCCGCGUGGAAACGGCCGCCAUGCUUCUUCAGCAGAUUGGAGACAAAUGCACCCAGGGAUUGUAUAAGAAGAGAGCUGACCCCCGAUUGUGAGAUGCAACGCAUCUGACUGAAAUCCAAUCUCACUGCCUGCCUUCGUCAAACAACUUAGCAGAAAUCAAUUAAGUAACAUUGUCAGUACCAAAUUCCCUCUUUUAAAAUGUCUCCAGGGCAAAAAGGGGCUAGUUAUAGGUGGGCCUUGUGCAGACUUAUGCCAGUGAAAAGUCAGCUGAUACGCUAAGCAGCACAGACUUCUGCAGUCUCAGCUCCACGAAAUUUAUAAUCUGGCCUAAGAGCUUCCAUCACUCUUGUCAGGCUCUGCCGUGACAUAGGAAACCUAAGUGCCCCCUGAGGUGCCUAAAGGACAUACUGAACUCGUGCUGGCAGAACCUACGAGCAGCCUUGCUACUUGUGAGUGACAGCGAGUUAGGUCAGCUCACAUGUAAAACAGGAACAAAACUCACAAUGGCCCAACAUGACAGGAAGGGUCAGUCCUGCCUAAAAUCAUUCUUCAUUUCAGAUCCCAAGAGCAGAAGCUGCAGAACUGAAGGCUUCCUCCCACCACGUGCCUGUGCUCCCUACAGGACUUCACCGAAACUCACUCACUCAAGCCCGUUUAUCCAGUUAAUGAGCUGCCUGGGUAAUCAGUCCUCAGAACAAGUAAUGGCCCAAUAAAUGCUGGGACGUGGAGAGGAUUUACUGAGGCAAAAUUAUCCUGAAAACAGCGCUUCGUCUUCCAGGCACUCUGUCUUUAAAAAGCAUUAGGUUUAUGAUGGUCAUUCAAACAAAAAAACAAAAAGUCGACUCCAUUCUCUUUAAAUAUUUCCUCAAUGAUGUGGUUUAAGGAUGGAGUGUAAACUGGCUUGACAGUGUUCUGUUUUAAGCUAUUAUUUGGUGGGGAAUUGGUGUUGUGUGAUUUAUAGAAUGAUGGCAGCAGCAGGAAGGGGCCUGAGAAUAUCUACUUAGCACUUAAAGCUGAUGUGGCAUCAGCAACCAGAGGACCGCUGUUGCCAGGAAGAGCCAGUACUGCAAAGCCACGAAUUACACUGGCCUGGGCCGAGGACUGGAAGGGGCACAUUCAGUAGUAGCCUUCCGACGCUAAGCUGUUUCAUAAACAUCGCAAGCAUGCCUGCCAGUUCAGUAAACACAGGGCAGGCAGUUAGCAAUUACUUUGAACUGCCCUCAAAUGAGAACUGCAGGGGAUGCUGUGGACAUUUAACAUCACACCAGUGACAUGCCUCACCCUGGUCGGGGUAGCCCUUCCCUCAUGAAAGCAACUUAGACACACUGGUCCGGUUCAGAAUGCAUUGCAAACCCCACACGGGUCUGGAAACCAGCCCACACACCACUGCAACCAAGCUGAUCUGAUGCAGAGACCUCUGAAACCAGGCGCAGUCGGGCACCAGGGGCUGCCAGAUGGGACAGGCAACGGAGUACUCGCAUACCCUGCUUCCAGACUGUUCCUAAUGGGACGCCCUCCUGACAACCACGUUACCACAAUGACAGCCACUUGCUAUGGAGGAGGCAUCCUGUGGGCCCCUGGACGCACUGAACGCAUCCUCUCUCCAGGUGACAGACACAGUGCCAGCCCCCAAACAGCAAAGCAUUUUCCAGAGUAAAGGGUGGGCAAAAGUGGGUUUAUAGUUGUGAGUGCAUGAAACAGAGUUUAUUCUUCAGUUAUUAAUUAUUGUUAUUUGUAUAAUAAUAUAAAACUACUUUUGCCCAACUCUGUAAUACUAAGAGAAAUGGGGACAAUUUUAUAAUUCCUCUAAAUACCAGGAGAAGGAAGAAUCCAUUGAUAAAGAAAAUCCCACCACUAAUUGGUUACUCUGGCAUCAUGGCUGACAACUUCUUGGCUAAGGAAUUAUCAUUUUCCCCCUCCCCCCAAAUUGUAUUUGAGCUAAACUCAACUUGAAAUUUCUUUGUUUAAAAAUUUAAGAACAUUUCCUUGGCCGUUUUGAAAAAUCAAUUUUAAAUAUCUCCUUGCUCUCAUAUACUUUAUACCACAAAACUCACUUCAUCUGAACUGAACCCCAGACCCUAAAUAUGAGUGGAGGUUAAUGUUCUGAUGUUCCAGGAACACCUGACUGGCCUUCGCCAGCCUGGGCCAUCAGGCCAGACACUGUGACGCCAGCCCCAGGGCUUCCCCCAAGGCUCUGCCCACGUCUCCCGCAAGUAGCGCAGCAUUGGACGUGCCAGCCUGUCCACAUGGAAAAGUAUCUCUACUCUUGGGCCACGUUUUAGAGCACACGAGAUAUCUUUAAUUUUUCCCCAAAACUUAUUACAGAAAUAUUUCUAUGUGACCAGAAUAUUUUACUUCAUUACCAGGACUUUUCCCACCCGGAGUUUCCAGCCUCCCCCACCUCCGGCACAGUAUCUUCAUAUCUACCAGACCAGUGUUUAUUCCUCCAACCCCCUAGGGUAUGGUCUACUUACAGCCUCAGCUCUUCGAUUUUCCCCUGGCACAUCCACACUUUCUAUAAACCAUCCUUACUAACCCACCUGGCUGUUCCACUCAACCAAAUGGGUUUUCUGGUUUUCCAGAAUGUAUUUCCAGGUCAGUUUUCUGAAUUAAUGGUGUAAAACCCUGGACAAAUACUCUGCAGUGGAUUCAGAUACACGAACCAGUUUCCAAUGUCAAACAGAAAGGUGAAUGUGAAUUUGCUACCAGCACCCAACCACUGGAGUUUAUUUUCCUGCCUCUCACUCCGGACACUGGUCAUCUCUCUCUCCUGUAAAGUAUGUCUACUUCAGUACUUAUUUAAUAAAUAUUAAGAUCCCACACCACCACCAGGUAAUGGAGAGAAGCAUAAACCAAGACUAAAAGCUUAAAGAAUAGUUUCCAGAUGUGACUUCAGCAUUUUACGUACCUAGGAAGUCCAAACUGGAAGACAAAUACUUGUGCAAAACAAAGGGAGAGAAUAAUAACUUAGAGCUUACAUUCCAUCUUUCUGCUCUCUUUCUCUUUCCCUUUUCCAGUGGAGACUUGGUUGUGCAAAUGCAAGCAGGCGCCGGGAAGCCCGCUACAGGCCAGUCGGCUGGGCCUCGUGGGUUCUCACUGCUGUACCACAGCUGGGUGAACCAUUUUUCAAGCCAGACAAAUUUCAAGUUGGAAAUGUUCAAUGAAUCGGUGUCUUUGGUUUCUUGCUUAGACUUGGAAACACUGCGAGGUUGGCCCCUAAAAGCCGCUCUCAGUUCACCGCUGCAUCAAGGUCCCUAGACCACAACGGGUGGCCGCUGCUCUGCAGGGCCUCAGGUACAGUUGCUUCUUCCACUCCCCUCCUGACCGAGAGGCUGAUUAAAACCAAACCAGGGCUCCUGAGGCACAGCCACCAGACCUGUGGCUGCCCAAUACCCUGUCGCCUUCCCCCUCCCCUAUCACCUCCCCCCCUCUCCCCACCCACCGGGGCUCAGCAGUCACACCACAGACACAGAGAGACCUGGGGCUUUGGACGUCCCUCCACACAGGAGGCUCAUCCUUGUAGGUGCUUCUCACCUGCCCCUAAUCGAGAGAAGCAGAAUUGAAAAUCCAUCAAUACCAGUUGUUUAGGGUCUCAUUUUUAGCCCACAAUUAUCUUGUGUGUUUCCCACUCUUGGUGAUGGUUGAAGGAGACUGUGGCUCUACUUAUAAUUACUCCUCUCGGAGCAAGCUGAAAAGCAGCAGAGGCACUAACACAUCACACUGGGGUCUUCUAGUGAACCCCAUUAUUCAGGAGGCAGUGAUUCUGCAUGGAGUGAGUCACUGGCAGGCACUUGGCUUUGCAGGGCUCCCUGCGACCUGUUUGCAUUUGCAUCCCAAUUCCCAAAGCAGGUGUACAGUUCCUGGUUCUCUACAAAGUGCAGCACAUUAGGAAAAGCAAACAAAAUUUAAAUGAUUAGCAGUGAUUCUACAGGCUGCAUUUAGUUUAUCUUUUUCCCUCCAUAUUCCCCCCACACACACAUCAAAAAACCACAAAAAACCCUGCUAUGAAAUAGCUCCACAAAUUAAUCUGGUUUUCAUAAAACACUUCAAAAAAUGAUGGCUGUCUUAUGUAAGUACAUGAUAGCAUGCUUUCUUCUGAGCAAAAUCCUAAAAAACCAAAGAAACAGUUUGCAUAGGUGUAUUUCAUUUUGUGCAAAUCUAAGAUAAGGCUAGUGUUUAGGUGACACGCCAAAUAAUCUCUCCAGCAACAAGAACAUUUCCCUGCAUCCCAAAUUCUCUCCAACCGCAUCAGCCUCCCAGCAGACAGCUGAGACCAAUGGAUUUGCCUGCACCAUAAGCAAUCUAUGUUGGGCAGAAAGCGAGUCUUGGACAUAAAAUGCAAAGGGACAGAUGAUACGUGCUUACGUGAUGGAGGCUCCAUUUUUAUUCUUCCCUUUGAUGAAACGGAAGCCAAAAUGCAGAAGGCAACAGGAACAGGUGUGCUUUCUUCACGUGCCAUUGAAGAGCCGACCUGACAAGGGGCACUUCCAGAAGUCACUGAACCCCCAUAUUCGCUUGGUGUGCUCUACGCUGCAAGAUGAGUCGACUCAAAGGGAUGAGAGAAUAACAACCAAAAUAUUUGAGGAGGAAAAACAGCAAAGAAAACCCGCCCACGGAGCAGCCAGCUUAUGCGACUUACAUUCUGUGUGACGCAGGGUGGGAAGGCCCAGCGAGAGAGAGAGGAGGUGCCCAGAAGGUCCCCUCCCCACAAAUCAAGUAUUGUCAGGAAACAUCAAAGUAGAAAUCUUUGUAAGCAGCUUUGCAUUUAACAUUCAGUCAAGACACUAAAACCUUAAAAAACAAGAACCUCUAUUUAAAAAAAAAAAAAAAA